AUGGUAGAGCUCAGAAAGCGCAAAGCACCAACACAACCUCCAUCUGCAGACAAGAAAACCAAACAGGCCCAACCCAAGUCGACAGAUGCAGAUGCAGACACCAACACCGAAACGGCCUCGAUCCCCAAUGUGGAUGAUACCAUUGAUCUCGAGACCUUUGGUGGCGAGAUUGAAACCAAUGAGGGCGUGAAAACUACUCUGAAGAAGCUUGUCGAGGAAAGUCAGUCUGGAGUGGUUCUAUUCACAUAUCCAAAGGCUUCUACUCCAGGAUGUACCAAGCAAGCUUGUUCAUUCCGCGACAAUCAUACCCAUCUCACGUCGACUGGACUUUCCAUCUAUGGGCUAUCGGCAGAUUCUCCCAAAGCCAACACCACCUUCAAAACAAAGCAAAAGCUUCCCUAUCCUCUUCUCUGCAACCCCACUGCCACCCUAAUUGCGGCAAUUGGGCUCAAGAAAACACCCAAGGGCACAAUCCGAGGAGUCUUUGCCGUGGACAAGGCUGGCAAGGUUCUGCUUCGAGAAGCCGGUGGCCCUGAUGCAACGGUGGACGCAGUAGAGAAACUGAUUCCUAAAGACUCAGUGCAGGAGUCCCGGGAUGCCAGUCCUAGCGAAGCACAGUAA